AUGGUGCACCCUUGGUGGCUAUAUUUGCUAGCUAUUUUCUGCCUACGACUUGAUUCAAAACUCGUAGGACAAGCAUUUCAACCGGAAUUUGCUGAGCCGUUAUCGAAUUUAACCGUAACCCUCGGCCGUGAUGCAACAUUCAGAUGUUUAGUACAAAACCUCGGUGGCUAUAGAGUUGGAUGGGUAAAGGCUGACACGAAAGCUAUACAAGCAAUACAUGUUCACGUUAUAACCAAUAACCAUAGAGUCGGCGUAUCACAUAACGGGCAAACUGUUUGGAAUUUACACAUUAAAAACGUCCAAGAGGAGGAUCGUGGGCAAUAUAUGUGUCAGAUUAAUACGGAUCCAAUGAAAAGCCAGAUGGCAUAUUUGGAUGUAGUAAUUCCUCCGGAUUUUAUUCUUGAGGAAACGUCUGGUGACGUCAUGGUAUCCGAAGGGGGAACAGCCCGUGUGUCAUGUCGAGCUCGAGGACAACCAGAGCCGCGUGUCAUGUGGCGAAGGGAAGAUGGUGACGAUAUUAUAAUAAGGCAUACGAAUGGAAGCAAAACCAAAGUGUCAGUGUACGAAGAGGCCGUGCUAACAUUGAACAAGAUUUCACGAUCUGAAAUGGGCGCAUAUUUAUGCAUUGCGAGCAAUGGCGUACCACCUUCUGUCAGCAAGAGGAUUGUCAUAAAGGUCCAGUUUCACCCCGUCAUACAAGUACCCAAUCAACUGCUAGGUGCACCGCUGGGCACUGACGUCACUUUAGAGUGCUACGUGGAGUCGUCACCUAAAUCGAUCAACUAUUGGAUAAGAGAUUCAAACGAAAUGGUGAUAUCGUCCGGCAAGUACGAAGUUGUCAACACAAUGAUGAGCCCCUUCGAGAGCCGUAUGACACUAACAGUGCGUCGUUUGGAGAAGAUCGAUCUUGGCGGAUACCGUUGCGUUGCGAAAAACUCACUGGGUGAAGUAGACAGUGUAAUAAGGCUGUACGAAAUACUAGGACCAGGCCUCAUGACGGACUCCAGCGUAGAUCACAACGGAGAAGAUCAAAACUAUUCAACUCCUCUGGAAGGGCCAGAUAACCAGUUCGGCUCUGCUGAACGAUCGGAUGACGAAGAUGAAAAGGAAACUUCAACUUACAUUCCCAAUGAGAUAUUAACAAACAGCAACUCCAUUGGUUUGCUGAUGAGUUUUGCCCUCGACGCCAAACAAUGCAAAAUUCAGUUUAUUCUCACUUUGUUGCUACUGAUAACUGGG